UCGUCUCCGUAACCCAGUACCCUACUUGGAAAGGGAAGAGUAAACACCUUUGUCACAUAUAAGCUUUUCAAGGUUCAAUAACACGGGCAAAGGCAAACUUGGACUUGGACGUGUGCACAGAGUAGGAAUUCACCCUGUAGCAUAUGGCAGCGUAUCCCGUAAAAAAACCACAUACGAGUUGUAUAAAAUGGGGCCAGGGUGUGACAUGAAGUUCGAAGAGGAAUGCGACGGACUUUCAGAAAAGCUGAACGAUUUAACCGAUGGCUCAAAGUUGGUUAAAGUGUAUGUUUCUAAGCUGAGGGAUAGAGCCGAGCAAGAAGCGAACUUUUCAAGUGAACUGGAUCUAUCAGAGCAUUUUUUAGUUCGAUUUCUUAGGGCUAGAGAUUUUGAUGUUGACCUAUCGUUUAAGCUACUGGUUAACUAUUUCAAAUGGAGAAAAGAGUGUCCCGAAAUUGCAGCAAAUCUGCAUCCAUCGUCAGUGUUAGGUCUCUUGCAAAACAACUACCAUGGGGUUCUUCGAUCUCGGGACAAAACUGGAAGCAAAGUUCUAAUCUAUCGAAUAGGGCGUUGGAAUCCUAAGAACUUCACUGCUUAUGAAGUAUUCCGUGUCAGCCUCAUCACUUCAGAACUGAUAGUACGGGAAACUGAAACCCAGAGAAAUGGACUCAAAGCUAUUUUUGAUCUUCAAGGGUGGUGCUUUUCACAUGCUCUUCAAAUAAAUCCCUCUUUGGCAAAAAAGAUGUCGUCUGUACUUACGGACUCCUUCCCUUUGAAAGUGCGUGGGAUCCAUUUGAUCAAUGAACCUGUGUUAUUCCGUCCAGUGUUCACAAUGAUCAGGCCAUUCCUUCCGGAAAAAAUCAGAGCACGGAUUCACAUGCAUGGUAGCUCCUUCAUGCAGAGCCUAUGCGAGGUCUUUCCUCCAUCCAUCUUGCCCCCAGAGUAUGGUGGUACUGGGCCUGCCUUAGAGGAGUUGUGUCAGGAGUGGACACACUUCAUCAUGGACUCAGAGGAGCUUCUCGAUACACUGUCUAUUUAGGGUUUAGGACUCCUAGAUAGAAUCAUAAAAACAUAAAGCAUAAUUAUCCUCUUAACUGUUUUAAUGUGCUUCCAUGUGUAUUCCCAGUUUGGGCCUUGUCUAGAACUGAGCAUGAUCAUAAUGGAGGUUGAUCAAAGCUGUCCUUGUCCUUCACCACAUGGUGUAAGUGUUUAACAAUGGCGAAGGUCCAGUCAAAUCAAUGAAGUGUGAGUGUGAACAUGAUGGGAUUUGUCAGUUCGCUGAAUCAUUUGGAUUAGUCUGACUCUUUGACCUGAUACCCUGGAUCCUGUUACUCGCUGUGAUGUUUUUAGCUGUGUAUACUCACUUUGAAAAAUACAAAUUCAAUUAGUAUUACGCUUGUUUCUGUAUUGUGAUUAAUUCUUGUUUAUGUUAUGUUUAUGUUUAUUCUAUCCAUUCAGAGAUACAGUAUGUCCGUAUAUCCUAUUUCAGUUUGUAAAUAACUAAAGAACAAGUGAAUUAUCUUGUAGGCAUGAGCCUUCUCUAGGAAACAAACAAUACUAUCUGGAUUUGGAAUAAAAUGUCAAAUGUUCUGA